AUGAAUAAUAGUGAUAUUGUAAAAGGUGCAUUAACAACCGGUAAUGAACCACCAACAACCAUUUCAAUCGAAUCUAAUGGCAAUGAAAUUUCAGAUGAAUAUUUAGAAAAAGAGUUUCAAGAAAAUACUAAAGAUGGUCCAAUUUACGACUUAUUAAAAAAUAUUAAAAUAAAAAAAUAUAGUUAUUAUAUUUUCAACAACAACAAAAUACAGAAUUUGAUAAUUUAA